AUGGCGACGGCAGAUGGUUCCACUCCUCCGACACGGAAUGGGGAUAGCUAUUCUUUAUUUUCUAUUGACAACGAGGAUGGUUCCGAUGAAUUGCAAUUCCGGGCCCCCAUCAAGAAACAAUUGGAGGCACAAUAUCAAAGGUGGAAGGAUCAUGACAGACCUUCUAUCUUCAAAGGAAGUGCAGGUUUCUACAACGCGCUUCCCAGUCCGGUCAUCACUCAAUUCGUACAGACAUCUUACGACAAAAAUGACAUUUUGUACGUUGUCGCGAUGUACCCUGUAGUCAAUUUUGAAUAUCUCGCAGACUAUGAGAGCCGGAAAAUGUUCGAAAUCGCGACUAAUUCGAUACAAAAAUACGGUCCUGCUGGUCUGCCCACGAUUGCUCAACCUCGCUACCUACGUCGAUUUGACUUUCCGAGCGAAACCAAUCUGGCACGCCAUGAUUUCACGUUUGACGAAGACGGCCCUGAAAGGAUACAAAGUGCUAGAGCACUAUACUCUCUCUUUGGACCAGAAACAGAUAUGUAUUCUCGAGAGUGGCGAAAGACAACCCUCCCGACCUCCGCUCCUCUUGACGAUUGA